AUGCCCGGCCGCUGCCUGCUCCUCCUGGCGCUGCUGCUGCAGCUGCAGCCUGCCCUGUGCCAGCAAGCCCGGGGCAACCUCCAGCCGUGGGCACAAGGUGUCAUUGCAGUGGUUGUGUUCCUAGUCCUGGUGGCCAUCGCUUUUGUGGUCAACAGGUUCUGGUGCAAAGAUAAAGUGGAAAGUGCUGAGAACGUGGUGAGUGUGGAGGACAAGCCAGAUGCUGUCAUAUCCAAUGGCCAUGAAGUGAGACACGUAUCAGCUGCAGCUGACUUCAGGUCCAAAGAGAACCAGCAUGCCUAUGAGAACACUGUGGAUCCUGAGGAGAAGGUGAUCACCACGGCCAUGUAGCAGCACCCACCCUCCUCU